UUCCAAAUCCCAGGUUUGGAUUAUGGAAGUGGUGACAGCUCACCGGACACGGAAGAAGCUCCGCAGGAGAAUCAUAUGUGCAUUGAUUGCUAUAGCAUAGCUAUGAAAAUUGUUCAACUACCCAGUGGAGCACCUCUUCCCGACAAAUACCUGAUAGUACAUGAGUUAACAAGGAAUGGUCAGAAGAUGAAGUGGCAUCCAAACAAGCUGCAUACACCAUUAAAUGCAGCAUAG